GCCAAGGCAUUUUUCUUGACAGGGUGUGAAAUUCUGCACCACUGUGUCAAAGCUUUACUUUUCUGCAAAGUUUUUUUUGUGUGUCAUCAGGUCAUUAGAUCAUACCUUCAUUAUGGCCUUGCCUGACAACCCCAGUGGCGUUCCAGAAGACCUGCCUUUUCCGGAGAUUAUCGAACUUAACGUAGGCGGCCAGGUAUACAUAACUCGAUAUUCCACUCUUACUAGUGUCCCUGACUCCCUGCUGUGGGAGAUGUUUAGCCAGAAAUGCACAAAAACCCUGCCGCGUGACACCAAAGGUCGCUUUUUUGUCGACCGCGAUGGCUUUCUAUUCCGCUACAUUCUGGACUACAUGCGAGACCAGCAACUCGUCCUUCCUGACCAUUUCCCUGAGCGAGGCCGGCUACACCGUGAAGCCGAGUACUUUAAACUUCCAGAGCUGGUCAAGCUUCUGGCACCAAAAAUCAGCAAGCAGAAUUCACUCGGUGAUGACGGCUGCCCAAGCGAUCCAGAGGAGGCCUCGCCUAGCACUGACCCAGGCCGGAAUUUGUCAUCCUUUGGGGCAGCUACCUGCAGCAAUCUAUCAUCUGGGGAAGGAAAGUGUUCAGGGUUCAUUACGAUUGGUUAUCGCGGCUCGUACACACUAGGUAGAGAUAGCCAGACCGAUGCCAAGUUCAGACGAGUUGCCCGGAUUAUGGUCUGCGGCAAGACCUCUUUGGCGAAAGAAGUUUUUGGAGAAACACUGAAUGAGAGUCGAGAUCCUGAUCGACCACCGGAGCGCUACACCUGCCGCUACUACCUGAAGUUCACCUUCCUCGAGCAAGCCUUCGACAAGCUGGCAGAUGCUGGUUUCCACAUGGUGGCAUGCAACUCAACAGGCACGUGCGCUUUCACGCACGACCAGACCGACGACAAGAUCUGGACCAGCUACACAGAAUACGUGUUCUACCGUGAGUGAGAUCACACCCUGUACCUGAAUGUCCUGUGGUCCUAAAUUCCAGUGGUCCUGUAUUCCUCACGCCUUUUCCAAGCAUCCUUGCCCAUCCUAGAUGUAGAUGCCUCUUGAUCAUCCCAACAUCUUCCAGACUUCUAUCCUCAAUGCCCAUUAUGUGGUUUACCACAAACUUCUUUCCUUUAGUGAGACACUGUUUACCAAUUCUGUGUACACAUUUCUUGCAUUUGUGAAGUACCAACACUGUUUGUGUCAUUUUGCUGCUGGGAAAUUGGCAGAGGACCUAUUGAGAAGGGUUGAAAGGGCUAUCUGUAGCUUUACCUUCUGUAGACUUGGCACUAGGGGUUGAAAUUAAUUUGAGUUUGAGUAACUGUGUAAAAGUCCUUAAUGCCAACAGCACUCUCCUAUAAAAUGGUAAGGGACACAUCUCUUGUGGUGGAUUUGUGACUUUGAAACUGGGAAAACAGUUAGUCAUGUGUCUGAUGAGCUUUAGAAAAAGGCCAGCUUGUCCACAAACUAUCACUGAUAAUGUAAAGCAGUGUUUCUUAACUGGAUGCGUUGUGGGCAAAACAGGUCAGUUAA